AUGUCUCUAUUUGCGAUGAAGAAGAAGAAGGGGUACCCAGGAGUCAGGCGGCGGUGCCCACCACGUCCGCAGGGAUCUCCCCCAAGGCAAAGAAAACAAGUAAUGGCAGCCAACCGACUCAUCAAGGAGUUGCGUGAGGAAAUGGCUUGUCCCAUCUGCCUGGAAUAUUUCAAAGAGCCAGUGAUGCUAGACUGUGGGCACAAUUUCUGCCAAGCCUGCCUCACCCAGUGCUGGGAGGAGACCGAGAGAGCCCCUUCAUGCCCUCAGUGCCGAGAAAUUUUCCAGCAAGAGAACUUCAGGGCAAACCGGCAGCUGGCGAACCUGGUGGAACUUGUGAAGAAACUUCAGGCGGGAAAAGGAACCGAGGGGAAGUGGGGCACGUGCGAAAUGCACCAGGAGGCCCUGAAACUCUUUUGCAACAAUGACCAAGCCCCCAUCUGUUUGGUGUGUGACAGAUCCACGGGGCACCGAAAUCACAGUGUGCUUCCUAUGGAGGAAGCUUUCCUAGAGUAUAAGAAAAAGAUCCAGGCCGAGCUUCAAUUUCUGGAGCGCGAGAGAGAAAAGCUUAAGGAAGAGAAAAUGGCAGAGGACCAGAGAAGCCAUACAUUUCUGGUAAUGUUGGAAUCAGAGAAGCAGAAGACCAAGUUGGCCUUUCAGCAGAUGCGCAAUUAUCUUGAGCAACAAGAACAGCUCAGGCUGUCCCAGCUGGAGAAGAUGGAGGAAGAGCUGGAGAAGAGGGACAAAGAAAACCUCACUAGAUUCUCUGAGGAAAUCUCAGAUCUCAAUCACCUAAUCAUAGAGUUGGAGGAGAAGUUUCAGCAGCCCGAAAACGUAUUUGUGCAGGAUCCCAAAACUGUAUUGAGCAGAUAUGAGAAGACACCUGAAAGGCAACUGGUGGAAUUGCAUCCAAUACUGAAGCAGACCCUCCGGAUUUACCCAGAGCAAACUCCUGCAUUACAAAAGGCUCUGAAAGAAUGUGAAGAGUCUCUGGAUAAAAUACUGGUUGAAGCACUGACAAAAGUGAACGUGACUCUGGAUCCAGACACAGCACAUCCUAACCUCAUUCUGUCUAAGGAUCUGAAGACUUUGACAUGGGGACAGACAGCGCAGAAACUGCCCAACAACCCUGAGAGAUUUGAUACUCAUCAAAGUGUGCUGGGCCGUGAGAAAUUCACCUCAGGAAGACACUGGUGGGAGGUGGAACUGGGGUAUGGACAGGCAGUGUGGGCUGUGGGUGUAGCUAGUGAGUCAGUGAAGAGGAAGGGAAAUAUCAUCCUUAAUCCUAACGAAGGAUUCUGGAUUGUGCAGACAGUAGGGAAUUAUAAUAGUUAUUAUGGUAGGACAGAUUGGCAGAUAUGUGCUUCGACUUCCUCUCAGUCAGUCAAGUUAUCUUGCGGCAUUCUUCAAAAGAUCCGGGUGCUCCUGGACUAUGAAGCAGGUUGUGUUGAGUUUUUUUCUGUUGCUUCAAAUCAAAAGCUCUUCACUUUCCCUUCAACCUCAUUCUCUGGAAAGAUGCUCCGUCCCUAUUUCUUCAUUGGAGGAUCCAACACACUGAAAUGCUGA